AUGAGGUUUUACGGCAGGCGACCGUCCUCUGCACUAGGCUGGAAGCAGGGCCAAAUCUGGAGGAAUCCGCCCGGAUCGGUCGCUAUCCGGCAAAUUGCGGACCACCGCGCCUCCCCUGAAGUGCACGAGAACAAGAAGAUACAUGAGGAAAACGGAGAUAAUGCCGACAUCGAGAGAUUCACUAAGUGGUUGGCCGCCAACGAAGACUUGGUAGAGCAGUACGGAGGCGACGAUGAGAGCUCCGAGACCGAGGACAGCGGCGAAAAUUCAAGUGAGGAAGAGACCGACGAAGGCCAAGAGCAGGAACCUCCUUUCGAGGACUUGGACGGCUGGAAUAUGAACAGGAACAAUUUCUGGGGGGACAGAGAGAAGAAGGAUCCAUCCAUCGAAGGCAGACGCUCGCUCAUGGUCCUCCUCUUCCUCCUCUUUAUCUUCUUCGUCAUCGUCGCCAUCACCGUCGCCCUCCUCUUCCUCUUCCUUGGCACCUUCUUCGGAUGA